AACCUCUGGCCACAGCUGGAGUCAGACUGGAUGCGGAGAGACAUCACAGGACUGAGGCUUAACAUUUUAAAAGAUGAUUCGCUUUCUUUGCCUGCUGGCCCUGGGUCUCACCCUGUGCUCGCAAUGCCAGGUCGAUGCGCAUUCGCGGCUGAGCAGGAGUUUUCUCCUAAGAGCCGUGAAUGAAGCCAAGGCACUGGUGGAUGACGCGUAUACUUAUUCCCGAAGAGUGAGCAUCGACCGUGUGAAGAGGAAUGCAGUCACAGCCUCAGACGUGCUGCGUCUGCUGAAGCAACCCAACGGCCAGUCCCGCCAGGCCGUGCGCGCCGCGGACUACAUGGCCAACGCGCUGGCCAUUGUCCGACGGUCCCUGGCCAGACGUCACAGACGCUCCAUCAACGCCACAGAUCUCAUCUCCGACGAGGAUUUGGGUGUCAUUUCGAAUCUGACAGGGUGCUCUGCCCAGCGCAAACCGCCUUCUUGCAACACGACGCCCAAUUUGGAGAGGUUUCGCACAGCAGGCAGCACCUGCAACAACAUUGCAAACAGUCGCUGGGGCUCCUCCAACAUUCCCUUCACCCGGUGGCUGCCUGCUGAGUACGAGGACAGAAUCUCCACUCCUAAAGGGUGGACGGAUGGCCUGCGUGUCAACCGUCACCUCCUACCACUGGUAAGAGAAGUGUCCAACCGCAUCCUGGCAACGGCUAACGAGGAUGUGGAGAGUGACCCCCUCUACACUCACCUGAUCACAAUCUUCGGCCAAUGGACAGACCACGAUCUGACUUUCACCCCUCACUCUCCUUCCAUCCGCUCGUACAGUAACCACAUUGACUGCGAACACAGUUGUGAUCGCACAGAGCCCUGCUUCCCCAUUAAUAUCCCCAAAAAUGACACCCGCUUCCGGGGACACUCAGAAUGCAUUCCGUUCUCUCGCUCUGCGCCGGCCUGUGGAUCUGGAUACAAUGGGUACAUCUUUGGAGCCAGCAAUGUCCGCCAGCAGAUGAACACUCUCACAUCUUUCAUCGAUGUGGGUCAAGUCUACGGCUCAGACGAUGUUAAAGCUCGCGAUCUCCGGGACCUGACCAAUGACCUGGGUCUGAUGAGAAUCAAUCCAGUGUACAAUGACAACGGCCGCGAACUCCUGCCUUUCACCCCCGCGAUGGCCAGUUUUUGCGCAACUCGAAGAAAGAUGACCAAUGACAGCAAUGCAGAAGAACUGCAAUGCUUCCUUGCUGGUGACGAUCGUGCCAACGAAAACAUUGGACUUGCUUCUUUGCACACUCUCAUGCUCAGAGAGCACAAUCGUCUGGCACGUGCCCUCAAGCAGCUCAAUCCUCAUUGGGGUGGAGAGAGACUUUAUCAGGAAGCACGCAAGAUCAUGGGGGGUUACUUGCAGGUUAUCACUUUCAGGGACUACCUCCUUCAUAUCGUUGGCCCAGGUAUUCUUUCACAGGACCUCUCCACCUACCCUGGGUAUGAUGAAAAUGUGGACCCCAGCAUCUCCAACGUGUUCGCUACAGCUGCCUACAGAUUCGCUCACCUCAUGGUUCAGCCUUUCAUGUUCCGUCUUGAUGAGAAUUACCAGAAUCACCGUGAUUACCCCACCCAGUUGCUACACAGAACCAUGUUUACACCAUGGAGGAUAACCUUUGAAGGUGGUUUGGAUCCAAUCAUCAGGGGUCUUGUGGGUCGCCAGGCAAAGCUCAACACACAGGAUCACAUGUUGACCGAGGAGCUGAGAGAAAGACUGUUCCAGUUUUCCGUUGAUCUGGCUUUGGAUCUGGGUGCACUGAAUCUGCAAAGAGGCAGAGACCAUGGACUCCCUGGCUAUAACAAAUGGCGUGAGUUCUGUGGACUAUCACAGCCAAGAAAUCUGAACCAGUUGGCAAGAGUGCUGAACAACACAGACCUGGCUCGUAGGCUGCUGGACCUCUACGGUACCACUGACAACAUUGAUGUUUGGCUGGGAGGAGUUGCUGAGCCAUUUGUUCCCGGAGGAAGAGUGGGACCUCUCUUUGCCUGCCUGAUUGCCAAACAGUUCAAGAGAAUCCGCCAGGGCGACCGUCUUUGGUGGGAGAAUGAGGGUGUCUUCACUGAUGCUCAGAGAACAUCAAUUAGAGAAACAUCACUGGCCCGCAUCAUCUGCGACAACACUGGCAUCACUGAAGUUCCAGAAAAACCCUUCCAGUACCGCCCUCGGGGUGCUGGUUAUGCCCAGUGCAGUGACAUCCCUGCUUUUGACCUCAGUCCAUGGAGGGAGGGUGCUCAAGGACCACCGGGCCCACCAGGCCCCAGGGGACCCCGUGGUCUGAGAGGACCUCGAGGACCCCCCGGCGACGGAGAGAAAGUUGCUUUCUCUGUGCGUCUAGGCAACAACUUCCCCAAGGCUGGCGCCCCCAUUCCCUUCCAUGAUGUCAUUUACAACGGACAGAACAGCUACAACCCCAAGACCGGCAUUUUCACCUGCGAGCAUCCUGGUGUGUAUGAGUUUGAGUUCCACUGCACCAUCUAUCAGAAUGCUGCCAGUGUGGAUCUCCUGCGUAAUGGGGAGCUGAUCGUGCACUCAUACACCACCCGCCAAAACGGCUACAUCACAGCCAGCGGCAGCACCUUCGUCAAGCUAGCAAGAGGCGACAGGGUCUGGCUGUUGGCUCACCACGGUGGGAACAGCCUCACCAGUGACAGCUUCUUCUCUGGGCAUCUGCUGUUCACUGAGUAGGGGAUAUGACGCAGCUUGCAAAACCUGCGGAAAAUCCGCCUACAAUUCCUUUGCCUCAUUUGCAUCCCACUUCUAAAUAAUGGAAUGAAGAUUUAAGCAAAAAUGAAGAUAUACAAUAGCUUGAUUUUCCUGUGCUGUGAAUCCUGCAAGAUGAAAAUGAUGUUUACACAUGGUUGAAUGUCUUUGAUGUUUGUUUUAAAUUAUGGAAUAAUCUCAGUGCACAAAUAUUUUGAAAGACUGCUAGUGUAAGGGAAACAAGAUGAUUAAUUUACUACAAUGCAGACAAAAAUGUGAUUCACAAUGUGAUUUAUUUCUAAUUGUUGAUUUAAUGGUGUAUUAAUCCUGCAAACACAUGAUUGCAUUGAAGCUAUUGUUGAUGAGUGAAUAGAACAGAUCAGGCAAAAUUGAAUGUGGUCAUAAAGGGACUUGAAGUUUCUUUUAAAAAAUUGGUCACACUCAUGCUUGUUCUGAGAUUAAGUGUAAGACUUUUAGUCACAUCAAAGUUGAUUGAAAUAAAUGAAGGCUUAACAAAAAAUAUGUCUGUGGAUUAUUAAACAUACAGAAGAAGAUGUAUCAGGUUUUUUUAGACUCAAAGGACAAUGUUUAUAAUCACACCACUAGAUGGCAAUGACAUGCAAUUUUUAAACAAAUGAAGAAGACG